AUGUUUGAGUCAAUAGUCUCGGACCUUUUGAUGCGAUACUUUGGAAAGUAUAUCAGCGGACUUAACUCACAGAACUUGCAAGUUUCUUUGUGGGCCGGGGAUGUCACUUUGGAGAAUCUUGUGAUCAACGAAAACGCUUUCAGCUACCUUCUUGUUGGUGUCCCUCUCAAAGUUAUCAAGGGAACGGUUGGGAAAAUGUCACUCCACCUUCCAUGGAAUAAGUUGAACUCACAGCCUGUUGUUGUACAAAUUAAAGAUGUGACUAUAGUUGUGACGACUGAUUACAGCGUCGAUGCAAGUGUAGUAGCGUCACAACUUGAAGAUGAAGAACAAGCGUCGAAGCAGAGGCAACUUCGUAACUAUGAGAUUAGUUCAGACAAAAGCACUAUGACACAACGACUGUUCACAAAGAUAUUGAACAACAUGCAGAUCGACAUGAGUAACAUUCAUGUGCGAUAUGAAGCAGUUAACACGUGGACUGGAUUACGAUAUGCAAUAGGGACUUCUAUAGAAUCAAUCAAAUUGUAUUCCACAGACGAGAAGUGGAAUUCGACGUUUGUGAUUGAUGCGACUGGUGUGAAUUACAAAAUUGCUGAAGUUGUGAAGAUGCGUGUGUAUCAUUGCCAGACAAAAGAAGACAAAUUCGAUGACUUGAAGACGUCACUUCCUAAAAGCUCGAUCCUCGAAGACUUGACUACAAAAAUGAAACUGACGUUAUCAGACAAAGACGAGGACUUCCCUGUUUUGGCCAAAGUACUUCUCGAAGUGAUCAAAGUGAAUGUGACACAAGACGUUCUCAUUGAUGCUAAGAGUCUUAUGCAGCAACAGAAAUUGUUUGAAGGGAAGUGUAGUCAAAGCACACGAAAUAUCCUCCGCCCAAGCGAGGCGGUUAGUGCGGAGACUGCCAAGAAAUGGUGGGUCUUUGCAAAGGAGAGUAUUUUAGCUGAAGUGCGGAAGAAGAGAUAUAAAGAGAGUGACGAAUACAAGAAGAAGCGUAAGACGGAGCGCCAAGAAUACACUGACAUCUACACUCGUGUUCUUAAUGACACACCAACAGAGACGGACAAACAACGAUUUGCAGAAUUGGAGAAAGACUUGUCGGUAAAGGAAAUCAUUUACUUGCGGAAUUAUGCAAAGACGGAGACUGACGAAGCAAAGAAGAAUACAAAUGGGAUAUGGAGCUGGAUGGGGUAUUCUGCAGAAGUCAAUUCACAGUUAUCGGAAGACAUCCACACCUUUCUUGGGGCUUCUGAUGACGAAGACUUUAUCGAUACGAAGAAGUUGAAACAACUGUUGUUCAGUGUAGAGAUCAAUAAAGUGUGUCUUGGGUUGUUUGGGAAAGGCAGCGCUGAUGCGUUUGUGAGUUCUGAGAUUUGUGGAGUGGUAUGUAGUGUUGAGAAGAAAACGAUUGGGUUCACUGCAAAUGGUGUAGUUGGCGAUUUUCUCGUCAAAAGCACGACUGACAAGAAGUAUCCAAACAUUUUCCAAGCUACAAACAAGGCUGAAAAACUGUUUGAGAUCAAAUUGACCAGCGAAAAAGAAGAUGAAAAGACGACAAGUGACUUUGUCGUUGAAAUCCAGUUGCGUCCAACACGGAUUGUGUACAACAAGGUUAUGGUAGAGGAGUUAAUGAACGUUUUGAGAGCGCUUGACAUUGUUGAAACAUACGGACAAGUAGGGAUUAGUCUUCCUUCAGUCAACAUCAAGAGCAUUUUAGAUGAACACAUCAGAGUAACAGCUUCAGCAACUAUCCACACACCAUAUAUUAUCAUUCACUCUGGCGAACAGGAGAUUCAUGUCGACCUUGGCAUUAUUGAGGUCAAAACAUGUGAACGGACUGGAAUCUAUGACACUUAUAAAGCAAGUAUAACUAACAUUAACUGCAAACUUGUAUCAAAUGAGAAGGCGGAAGUACUUCUUGAGAAGACGGCACUCAAUUUUGAAGUGCAAAAGUCGUUAUUAAGUUGGAAGGAGAUGAAGAACAAAAUGGGCACGUUCUCACCUGGAGUCAUUGUCAAUUGUUGCUUUGACGAGAUCAAAAGUCACAUCUCAGCGGAGCAAAUGGAGACCAUGGAAAUGAUGUUUAAAGAACAGAAGCCGCAACCAAAGAGUGAGAAAGAAGCUAUACAAGACUUACUCAAUACAGAUGACUCAGAAGAACUUGGGGAAGACAAUAUCCAAAUACCUGAAGACUUCGUCAAGUUCCAAAUCUUUCUGAAGAUCCCAACACUCAGUGCACUCAUAUCACAGAAAACUGAUGAACUUCUUUUUGAUAUCAAAGCAAAGGGUCUUGAAAUGACUUCACUUGUCAAAGACACUAAGACAUCCGCAGACUUCAAUUUCUCUGAUGUUGUUGUGACGGAUGAAAACGGAAAUGUGUUCUUCUCGAAAAAACAGACCUCAGAAGCUCUUGUUUCGAUGAGCUUCUUGAACGAAGACGAUAAACCUAUUAAAGCAGUUUUCAGAGCAUCACAAUCAAUCAUCAGAUUCGACUUGCCACAUUUGGACCAUAUCCUCCACUUCAUAUACACUUCUCCUCAACAAAACACUCAACAGGUCGUUGUCAACAAGAAGAAACAGAAGGUUGUAGAGGUACAGAUUCAGUUCACGGCAAUUGACUUAGAACUGAAGAAUAGAGGAACUCCACUUGGUCAUGGGAGUGCUGUUGGUGGACUGAUCGAUAUCAUCAUUGACAAUAACAAAGACGUCACUCCCGACAUCACAGUCAAAGGUAGUUUUAAAGAGAUCUUUGCUAUAGAUGACACACUAAGUGGGAAGGUAUACCCUAAAUUAGCACAAACGGGUACAACGCCAUUCAAAUUUAUAUACACCCACUCCUCUGAGGCCAAAGCAAUUGAACAGCGCUUCAAACAUUAUAUGUUAUUAGAGGCGGAACACGUCACCUUUGUGUAUUUGAAUUUGUUCAUCCAACAAAUAUACAGUUGGCUCCUCGACUUACUUCACAUCUGUUCAGUGAGAGUCUUUCCAUCUAAUACCCCUUCAUAUCAAUAUGACAGAUUGAACUUAGAAGCUAAGGUAAGGGAUGUGACUCUUACUAUUCCAGUCGCAUCGUAUAGCGAUGAAGCUAUUGAUAUGAAGAUUGAUUCAUUGGCUUUACAAAGCACGUGGGAAGAACAAAUUCUCUCGACGAAGUCGUUGAGUGUCGAAAACGUUCGGUUUGAUGACAAACCCGCUGCUGAAAAAGUUGUUUUUGACUUCACGUUUCCGGAUGACGAGAAUCAAGCAGUGGACUUCCCGGCGUGGGAAAUCAACUUGAAAAUACCAAAUGGGAAUAUCGACUUGACGCCAGAAAGGUACAGAGAAUUGGUUGGACUUAUUAUGAUCAACUUGGACGAGCCUAACAAGCACCAAGACUUAAUCAAAUACCAUCCAGACAUGACGGUCAAUGCAAAGGAAUUGAAUUCGAUUCGAAGUCGAGUCUUCACUGCUGAUGUUGAUAAAGCCGAAUUGAAUAUUAAGAGUAAAGAAGAUGAUUUGGGUGUCAUGAGUUUCGAUAAUAUGAAGUACAAAUACAUUGGUCUUCCUUCAGAUUGUUCCAAUCAUAUAGUCGAUGUCCAAAAUGGUGUUUUUAUUGACUUAUUAAACAACAAACAGAAGUUGUUUUGGGUGGAUCAAAAUGCGGGGAACAACUUCUUGAAGUUCACAUUUGACACUUUAGCGACUGAAAAGAAGAUCACAUUGGCCUUUGGGAACUCUUCGAAUAUUAGACUCACGCAAGAGACUUUACUCAAAUUGAUGACAUUUUUCGGAGUUGAAAAGAAGUAUAUGACAGUAGAGAAUGUGGGAGUGAGUGUACAACGUAUUCUAGAGGACAAAACAUUCACAUUCAAGUUUCUUAUGAAUGGCAUCAACUUCAUCUUAAACGACAAAGAAGGCGACUUCACAACAUUCACCCUUUCAAAGAGUUUUGUCGAGACCGUCUCACGCGGGGAAGAUACGAAAGUCUCUGGGACAAUAGGAACACUGACGGCAAAAGCAGAGGAAGUGACCAUUUUGUCGACUUUGAAUAAUGUCGACAUGGGGACUUUCUCGUAUUCGUAUGAAAAGGCAAAGUGUCUUUCUGUCUUUACUGGACAGCUCUCCCAAAUACACGCGAUUUUCAAUGACAAAGCCAUAAUACGGGCGGCACAGUACUACGAUAAUGCAUCGAAAAUUAUGAGUGCACUCAAAGGAAAGACAGUCGAGUUCAUAGAGAAGACUGCAAGUGUGUCUCGAAAGAUUCGAUUUGAUUUUGUCAUCGAGACGCCACGAAUUGAUAUCAGAGAUGUCACCGCAAGACUUGGUGUCGUCACCAUAAAAGAUAAAGCGGAGGCAUUAGAAGAGAAGUUGAAUAUAAUAGGGUUACUCCGAGACACAGAAGUGAAAAUAGGUGAAGAUAUCGUAGUGAAGUGUGAUGGUGUAGAAAUGGGUAUAUCUGUCAAUGAUGCGAGUGAUGGAGUUACUGAUGUUGAUAUGGAUGUAGAUUGUGGUGUUAUUGAUAUCUGUACGACGCCACAAAACUUGACUUCAUUGUUAAACGUAGCGGACGCUGUCAUCAAGACAUCACAACAGAUCACUAAUGGAAAUAAAUAA